UCAGGACAGCAGGCACUGGGAGACCUGGGCCGGGAGGAAGGGACAUUUGCCCCAUCUGCGCUGCUUCCUUCUCUGUCUCGCUCGGUGUGAACCCGGCCGUCCCUGCCCUUCCCGCAGCUGCGCCCUCACCUUCGCCUCAGCACAGCGCCCAGUCCUCCCGCGCGCCCAUGGCCGGGAAGGUGCUGUCACUGCUGCCGCCGCUGCUGCUGGCCGCCGCCGGCCUCGCCGGUCUCCUGCUACUGUGCGUCUCCACCCGCGACGUCCGGGAGCCGCCCGCCCUCAAGUAUGGUAUCGUCCUGGACGCUGGCUCUUCACACACGUCCAUGUUUGUCUACAAGUGGCCGGCAGACAAGGAGAAUGACACAGGCAUCGUGGGCCAGCACAGCUCUUGCGAUGUUCCAGGUGGGGGCAUCUCCAGCUAUGCAGACAACCCUCCUGGGGCCGGCCAGAGUCUGGUUGAAUGCCUUGAACAGGCGCUUCGGGACGUGCCUAAAGAGAGACAUGCAGGCACGCCCCUCUACCUGGGAGCCACAGCGGGUAUGCGCCUGCUCAACCUAACCAACCCAGAGGCCUCGGCUAGUGUGCUCGCAGCAGUGACACACACGCUGACCCAGUACCCCUUUGACUUCCGUGGUGCCCGCAUACUCUCUGGCCAGGACGAGGGCGUGUUCGGCUGGGUGACUGCCAACUACCUGCUGGAGAACUUCAUCAAGUAUGGCUGGGUGGGCCGGUGGUUCCGGCCACGGAGGGGGACGCUGGGGGCCAUGGACCUGGGGGGUGCCUCCACCCAGAUCACCUUUGAGACGACCGGUCCAGCGGAGGACAGUGCCAACGAGGUCCAGCUGCGCCUCUACGGCCAGAGCUACCGAGUCUACACCCACAGCUUCCUGUGCUAUGGCCGCGACCAGGUCCUCUGGAGGCUGCUUGCCAGCGCCCUCCAGACCCACGGCUUCCAUCCCUGCUGGCCAAGGGGCUUCUCCACCCAAGUGCUGCUCGGGGAUGUGUACCAGUCGCCCUGCACCGAGGCCCAGCGGCCCGGGGCUUUCAACAGCAGCACCAGGGUCAGCCUGUCAGGGAGCAGUGACCCCCACCUCUGCCGAGAUCUGGUUUCUGGGCUCUUCAGCUUCUCCUCCUGCCCCUUCUCCCGAUGCUCUUUCAAUGGGGUCUUCCAGCCCCCAGUGGCUGGAAACUUUAUCGCCUUCUCUGCCUUCUUCUACACUGUGGACUUCUUGCGGACUUCGAUGGGGCUGCCUGUGGCCACUCUGCAGCAGCUGGAGGCAGCCUCGGUGAAUGUCUGCAACCAGACCUGGGCCCAGCUGCAGGCUCGAGUGCCAGGGCAACGAGCCCACCUGGCCGACUACUGCGCCGGGGCCAUGUUUGUGCAGCAGUUGCUGAGUCGCGGCUACGGCUUCAAUGAGCGCACCUUUGGCAGCGUGACCUUCCAGAAGCAGGCCGCGGACACGGCGGUGGGCUGGGCGCUAGGCUACAUGCUGAACCUGACCAACCUGAUCCCCGCCGACCCGCCGGGGCUGCGCAAGGGCACAGACUUCAGCUCCUGGGUUGUCCUCCUGCUGAUCUUCGCCUCUGCGCUCCUGGCUUCGCUUGUCCUGCUGCUGCGGCAGGUGCACUCCGCUAAGCUGCCGAGCACCAUUUAGCGGCCAGCGGGGGCAGCUGCCCCAUCCCUCCGCUGUAUCUCCACCCCGUACCCCCUCCUGCCCACCCCUGUACCCCCACCUCUCCACCCAUUCCUCCUCCCACCCCCACCCCUCCACUGACCCCUGUAACCAGCAUCCUCCCCCCACCCCUCUAUCCCCACCCCUCCCCUCCAUCUGCCACCCCUCUAUUCCCUACCCCUCCUCCCACCCCUUUAUCCCCCACCCCUUCCCCACCCUCUAUCCCCUACCCUUCCCCCACCCUCUAUUCCCCACCCCUCCUCCCACUACUCUAUCCCUAACCCCUCCCCCACCAUCUAUCCCCCACCUCUUCCCUCCCCUCCAUCUCCCACCUCUAUCCCCAUUCCUCUAUCCCCGCCCCCCUAUCUUCUGCCCCUCCUCUCCCUUCCAUUCCCCAUCCCUCUAUCCCCACCCCUCUAUCCCCCACCCCUUUUCUUCAUCCCCCAUCCCUCUAUCCCCACCCCUCUAACCCCCACCCCUCCCCUCCCCUCCAUCCCCCACCCCUCUAUCCCCCACCCCUCCUCCCACCCCCUAUCCCCCACCCCUCCUCCCUCCAUCACUUAUUCUCUAUUCCUCCACCCACUCACAGUGUCUCUGCCCCUUGGGCAGCCUGGGAAAUGGGAAUUGAGACUCAGGUGCCCAUACCCACAGGGGUCCUGGUGGGCAGAGAGCUCAAUCCAGCUCCUCGGGCCCCUCCAGCCUGAUUCAGCCUGGGUGUCACUCCAGGCCCCAUGCUUCUCCUCCUCUUCCUCAGGGCUGGGUCUCCGAGGAGUGGGGCCUUGGUUCUGAGAAUCAGGGCCUUCAGAGGUUCCUUCUGAAGAGUCUGGGUCUGUAGUUGGGAGGGUCACAGCCCACGGGCUGGCAGCCAGCCCAGCACCUACUUGUGAAAUUUUCUAAUAAAAAAUUUUUCCCAGAGAA